AUGGAAAUUGGAAACAUCGUGAAGGAAACAAUUAGAAAUGAGAAUUUGAGUGACGAUGGUGAUAAAUCUUGGAAACCCGUGUGUUGUAACGAUGACGAUAAAUUUGGGUUGGAAGAUGGCAAUGAAGGGGAAACGAAUCUGUUUGCUCUGAGUGCUGAGCUUUCUUGGCUUGGGGAGAAAGCCGAGGAAGUGAAGCGAUUCUUACAAAGCGAAAGCCACGAUGUACAGGAACAACCCAACUCCAUAAUCUGCCAUGAGAUCGUCACAUCUUCUUCGAUCUUCUCACAAUGUCAUCAAAGUUUGAGUUUUCCAGGCGGGGAAGAAAUUGUAGAAAUGGAGGAGGCUGAUAUUCUUGCAGAGCACACCCAUUUGUGUAGCAUCUGUGGGAAAGAGUUCAGGCGAGACGGGAACGUGCGAAUCCACAUGCGGUCCCACGGUGAGGAAUACAAAAGCAAGAAAACCCUAACAUCUAGCAAGCCCAAGGACCAAAAGUCAUUCUAUUCGUGCCCCUUCCAAGGCUGCACACACAACAGGCGUCAUCCGAAUUUCAAGCACUUGAAAUCCAUGGCAUCCCUGAGAAACCAUUACAGAAGAACCCACUGCGCUAGGAUCUAUGCCUGCAACAACUGUGGAAAGGAGUUUUCUUUCUUGGGAGAUCUGAAAACCCACGGAAACAAGUGUGGGCAUAGUAAAUGGCAGUGUUCGUGCAGCCUCAGCUUUUCAACGAGGAACAAGCUGCUUCGCCAUUUGGGAUUAGGGUGCCAUGGCCAUAAGCCUGUUCCUCCUGCUCCUGCUGUUUCUGCUCUCAAUGGGGAGAACUCCACGGGCAAUGAUAAACCACCGGGAUAG